AGGCUUUGUGUUAUUUUUGUGAUUACAUAUCAGAUCACAAAUCAGAACUUACUUGUGACUCACAAGUAAAAAAAAAAAGAAUAUCAAAAAUAUGUUGAAUUUUGCAAGAAUUAGCAAAGUGCACAUAUGUGUAGGUGUUGUUAGUACAAAGGGGCUGUUCCAGUAUGGAGGGGAAGUGAAUAAUGAGGUUGACUUCAUGUAGAGAACUGAUACUUGGAUUGGGUGCCAUAUGAUCCAAGACUGUUUGGAUUUGAGUUAAACAGGAAGAAUGUUGUACCAGGAUGUAGUUUUAAUCUUAAAAUCAGUGAGCUAAUUGUGUUUGAGUAAUGUGUGUGCCACUGCCUGUUCACUCAACCUGUGAUCCCCUUGUAGCCCAUACAGUCUUUACUGCAUCAUUCAGAUGACAAAGAUUAUACACAUGUUUGAAUACCACAUGGCAGUGAUGGGACAAGUAUUCAGAUCGUUUACUCAAACCUGCAAUAACUGACAAUAACUGUUUUUACAUCUGAUGCCAGUGUAAAUAUAAUGUAAUGAACACCAGAGUAUCAAAUUCAUAUGUUAUCUUAUUAUAAAGUCAUGCUAUGAGACGAAAAAAACAAAUAAAUAUUUUUUUAUUCUGAAAUAUGAACAGGUUAUUGUUCCUGUAUUUGCAUAAUGAUGAUGGUUGCCUUUUACCAACAAUGGAAAAAACCCAGCAGUCCAAAUGUAUCUCAUUUCCUUCCUGUCUUUCUUCCUGACUUUCUCAUUGUCCUGAGGGGUGUUGCUUCCGCAGUAGGAAGCCCCUGCCUCUAUAUUCUACACAAGUCAGCCAACAUUAUAAGAUUAUCUACUGCACGACAUCAUGGCGUGUUUACAACUGACUGCGUGUGUGCUAUUGAAGGUAACAACAAUGACUAUUUUGAUGUCAGUUGUUUUUUUCUUGUCUAUGAAGACAGGAUUGUGCAUUAAGCAGACUGGUGUCUGUAGUCCUUUUUGUAUUGGGAAUGACUGCAUAACUGUAAACCAGGACAGAGUGGAUUUCCAAACAGCUGAGGAAGCAUGCCGGGACAGGAACGGGGAAUUAUUGACAUUUCGGUCUGAGACAGAUGAGAGCUCCUUUGACAUUUUGAGUCAAAGAUUAUUUGGAGAUUUCUGGAUUGGACUGCAUUUACCAGCUGUCGCCUGCAGCAACCUUUCAGUUCCACUGAGAGGCUAUGAGUGGACCUCUGGUAGUGUGCACAGGAGCGUUUUUCCAUUCUUCAGCACCUGGAAAGACAGUGUUAAAGUCUGCUCUCCACGCUGUGUGUCACUUUCAAACGAUCAAAAGUUGAAUGAGAGGCUGUGCUCGGACAAACCUGAUGGGUUUCUGUGCAGAACAACGCACAAAGAUGCAUGCCGGGCACAACAACUAUCAGAUCCAAAAGUCAUCCAAAGCUCUGCAGGCUGUUCAGAUGGUCCUUGUGAACAUGAAUGCACAAAUGUAAAGGGAGGUUAUCUCUGCUCUUGUUUCAGAGGAUAUAUCCCAGACAACGAGGACCCCAGGCUGUGCAACAUACACUGUGCACAACAGAAAUGCCCCGCGAUAUGUGAGAGAAACACCAAUAGCUCAUGCUUCUGUCCUGAAGGCUUUGUAUUUAGUGAAACAUUUUGUGAGGACAUUGAUGAAUGUUCGAAUUUUGGAUGUGAUCAAGAGUGUGAAAACACUUUUGGAGGUUUUGUGUGCUCCUGCCAAGAAGGAUUUGUACUAAAAGAUCAAGUGAAAUGCAUCAAAGCAGAGGGCGGGGAACGUUUGGUUGUAAUUCCUAUCGCUAUAGGUUUUGUUAAACCAUCCACCGAUAAUCAUACAUGGCAGGGUGCCUCUGCGCCUGCUGGUGGUUUACUCUGGCUUUGGAUUUUCCUUGUUGCGGCUGUGGCCGUGUUUAUAAUCGUGAUAAGGUUUUAUGUUGUUAAGCGUCAGAAGAGCAGAGAACAAAACUCCAAUCAGCAAUCUGCUGCUCCUGUGGACAAUAUUGAGUGUUAAAUCCAAACUAUGAAGAUCACCAACUCCUGCUCCCUUUAGCGUUUACAGGUUGAGAGACUCCAUUACAUGUUUUAGAUGACUGCAGUAAGUAACUUCUCAGAACAACUCUUCUUUAGUCUUUGAUUUUUUAAAUUAUAAUAUGAAUUAAUAUGAUUACAUUUAAAAUGAAUUAUUUACAGAAGUGGACAAACUAGGCCGCUCACUUCCUCAUAUGCAUAUUUAAAAGCAGAAAUGAAGAGGAAACACCUCAUUAAGAAUAGAAGCCAUUUCAAAAAAGAAAUUGUAUAAAUAUUCAAGCAGUAUUAUGCAGUAUCAACAUAUAAGAUAUAUGUUGUAGGUGUCCCAUGUGGAGCUGAGAAGUCAUUCUGAUACACUGUGUGGUAGUUUAGAAAUCUUAACUUUUCUCAUUUUAUGAGUUCAGCAUGUAUGUUUCAUAAGGUAAAUGUUAAUGAAAUGUAUUGCGUUCUUUUCUUUUCAGAGUAAACAUUAAUAUUUGUGCAUAUGCAAUAAACUGUUUGUAAAAUAUGAGUGAAGUGUUAUGUGACACUAGAGGGUGAUGUCAUGUGUCAUUUGUGUUCAUAUAUGUUUCAAGACAUGAAAUUAAAAUCUGAAGUCAUUCUGAACGAGACAUUUCUGACAACAUUCUUGUUCUUAGAGUGCCAUCUACUGUUCUGUUGUACUAACUGCUGGUGGGGGCAGUUACACUACAGUCACUGUUCUGUAUGUGGUUUCCUGAUUUCCUAACAAAUGUUAUUACUUUGAAAUCAGCUGUUGCUUUCUGGAGGCAAAAUAGGCUGUUUUCACUUUGAAUGAUCACAUUAGGAAAACAACAGAAAACAAAUAAUGAAAUGAUUUACACCUGUGCUCAUUAAAUUACAAUUGUAUGUGAUUUAAAUACAUAUGCGGGUUUUGGUAUUGUGCAUGCUGGCUCACUGUUGCGUUACUUACUGGGACAUUUGAAUAGAAGAGAGCCACCUAUCAGUAACACCUUUGUAAUUAAGUCAUAUUUUCUUCUGUAAUAAAAACAAACAAACAAACAAA